CCGCCCGGAGGAGGGUGGUGCCCCUUCCCGGUAGGAGCCGCCGGCGAGAGGCGGCGCCGCGGCACCCCUGGGCCCCGGCCCGUCUGCGGCUGCGAUCGGCCCGGCGCCAGCCGCAAGUGCGAGCUCUGCAGGAAGCGGGAGCGUUUCCUGGUCCGGUCUGGCCUCCCCGGAAUGGCACUUAUCCCGGGUGAAAAGGGAAAGCACCAGGUGCAGUCGGGACGCAUUUGUGCACUUGUGUGAUCGCAUUUGUGAUCGCCUGCUGUGCACUGCGCUCCUUGCUGGGCCUGGGGAGACAGCCAGAGAAGCCCAGGCCCCGGCUGUCUCCGCCCUUGGUUCCAGGGGGUCGGGGUAACCGAGUGGACGUCAGCUGCGGGGGAGCCCGCCGGCGCGCAUCCCGUCCGUGGUGGGGUCGAAAGGCUUCCAGGGGUCGAAGACCAGUGAUAACCAGCCAGGGAAGGUGGGAGCGGGAGAGCCAAGAAAAUGCAGCAGAGGGCCCGGGGAGAGAGUUUGCAGCAAGGGGCGGGUCCCCGGUGGAACAUGGCGGAGAAGCGCUGUAAGGCCGCGGCUGAGAAUGUGCCGGCGGUGUCGCCGCAAAGAGGUCUGGAUGAACAACCCCCGGGGAAAGUGGAGAUGGAGUGGGUUCCUAGAGCCUGAAGGUGCAGGAGAACUCCCCCGCCCAGCAGGCAGGCCUGGAGCCCUACUUCGACUUCAUCAUCACCAUCGGGCACUCAAGGCUGACCCAGACUUGUCUGGGGGGCCUGGCCGGAUGUGGGGGGUCUGGGAGUCAGCCCCGCUGCCCCCGCAGAACAAGGAGAACGACACGCUCAAGGCCCUGCUGAAGGCCAACGUGGAGAAGCCCGUGAAGCUGGAGGUGUUCAACAUGAAGACCAUGAAGGUGCGCGAGGUGGAGGUGGUGCCCAGCAACAUGUGGGGCGGCCAGGGCCUGCUGGGCGCCAGCGUGCGCUUCUGCAGCUUCCACAGGGCCAGCGAGCACGUGUGGCACGUGCUGGAUGUGGAACCCUGUUCCCCUGCCUCCCUUGCCGGCCUGCGCCCCUACACAGACUACGUGGUUGGCUCAGACCAGAUCCUCCAGGAGUCCGAGGACUUCUUCUCGCUCAUCGAGUCCCAUGAGGGGAAGCCCUUGAAGCUGAUGGUUUAUAACUCCGAGUCCGACUCCUGCCGGGAAGUGACUGUCACUCCCAAUGCAGCCUGGGGUGGAGAGGGCAGCCUGGGCUGUGGUAUUGGCUAUGGGUAUCUGCACCGGAUCCCAACCCAGCCCCCCAGCCACCACAAGAAGCCACCUGGUGUCCCGCCACCUCGUGCCCCACCACCUGGUACCCCACCGCCUGGUACCCCACCACCUGGACCCACCCCCCAGGACGCUCCUGCCCCUUCUGGCCUGGAGACAGGCUCCAGGCAGGGUGACUAUGUGGAGGCCCUGCUGCAGGCACCUGGGUCCUCUACGGAGGAACAGCUCCCUGGGCCUGAGAGUCCUGGCCAUGGCGCUCCAGACCUUGGCGCCCUUCCCCGUCCCCUGGAGAUUCCUCUCCAGCCUCCGCCUCCACUGCAGCGAGUCAUGGACCCAGGCUUCCUGGAUGUGUCUGGCAUCUCCCUCUUGGACAGCAGCAACGCCAGUGUCUGGUCCGGCUUGCCCUCCUCCGCAGAGCUGACCUCCACUGCGGUCUCAGCCUCAGGGCCGGAGGACGUCUGCUCGAGCAGUGGCCCUCAUGAGCGUGGCGGUGAGGCCACCUGGUCUGGGUCAGAGUUUGAGGUCUCCUUCCCAGACAGCCCAGGUGCCCAGGCCCAGGCGGACCACCUGCCUCAGCUGACACUUCCCGACAGCCUCACCUCGGCCGCCUCACCGGAAGACGGGCUGUCUGCUGAGCUGCUCGAAGCCCAGGCUGAGGAGGAGCCAGCAAGCACAGAGAGCCCAGAUUUCGGGGCAGAGGCUGAGAGGGCAGCCAGCCAGACUGUCAGAUUUUCUGGAUACUAUUACUGGUUUGACUGGAACAACAGAAGAAACCACAACCAUGCUGGGGGUCAGAUCUAUGAUGGGAAGGGAGUGCAGCCGCCCCUCGAGGCUCAGCACACAGGGCAGCAUGGCCCAGCGAGACCCAUUCCUGCAGCCCAAGGGCCCCUCGUGCAAACACAACUGAGGGCUGGCACAGAUCUGGACACGGUGAGAUGUGCAGCUUGUGUGGCUAGGCCAGACAGGCCAUGGUCAGCCAUUCCUCUGAAGAGAUACCUUGAGUGCAUCUUCAAUGACAACAUCUCCAUCGAUGCUCCACCCACUUCCACUUCAAAUCUUAAACUAACCUGGCAGAUGCUGCUCUGCAAAUCAAGAUAAGCAUGUAUCUUUCUUAUCAGGAAAAAAAAAAAGCCAACAGCACGUCCACAUUUGUCUGUGUGUGCAUUUAAAUCUCCAUGUCCCUUUCCUGAAAACUGCCCCAGGGUAAAUGGAAGCUUUAGGGUGGUUACAGAGCCUUUCACAAGGGGACUCACAUAUAGGUGGGAGAGGCCCAGCGCUCCUAAAAGCAAAAGCCCCCCAAAGGUAACAGACUUGGAAACCACAUCCCACCACAUUAUGAAAUUCUGAGCACCAGCGCUGGAAAAAAAUGGGGCUGUGUCCUCAAGCCCACUUACCUGGU